ACAAUCCCCAAUCCGCCCACGAAAACCCCCUCCAUUCCCCACGAGUCCUAACCACCCACCCCACCUUUCCUCCAGCGCCGCCGCCUUCGCGCCACCAUGCCGCGCCGAGCCAGGAACCCCUCCUCCGGAUCCAGCAGCGGCCGGCGGCGCCGCCGCGACGAGGAGGAGGAUGAUGAGGAGGAGUCCCUUUCCGACACCACCUCCGACUCCGACUUCGUCGCCGGCUCCGAGGACGGGGCGGAGGACGAGGAGGAGGAGGAGGGGUUCGCGCCCGAUGAGGACGCCCCGCCCGCCCCCGCCCCCGCGGUGGCGCCGCCGGCUCCGCCGCAGCUGCUGAUGCUGAUGCCGAUGCCGAAUCGGGCGCGGAAGGGGGGCGGGAAGAGGAGGAGGAAGGGGAAGAAGGCGAGGGACGAGGACGGGGGCCCGCCCCUGCCGUGGAAGGUGUGGGAGGCGGCCAACGACAGGUGGCUCGACGAGCGGCCGGUGGCCGGCGGAGGCGCCGAGGCCCCGAACGCCGGGGCCGCUGCGGCGGGGGCGGCCGUGCCGACCGCGGACCGCCCCGAGGUGGUGCUCCCGCUGCUGCGAUUCCAGAAGGAGUGGCUCGCGUGGGCGCUGGCGCAGGAGGGCUCCGUCUCGCGGGGCGGCAUCCUCGCGACAGAUGGGGAUGGGGGAGGACAUCCAGGCAUCUCGCUCGUCCUAACGCCGGCCCCUCCGGCCCCCGGGCCACCAACCAGUCGGGGCUCUUCUCCUCUCCUCGCAGGCUGCCCCAAUGAGGCAGAGGCAGAUGGGUGCACGUUGGUCGUCUGCCCGGUGGUCGCCGUCCAUCAGUGGGCGGGAGGAAGAUCGAGCGGGCACACCGCCAGUGGCAGCGUGCGCGUGCUAAUCUACCAGGGCGCCAAGCGUGGCACGAAGAAUUUCGAUUUCAACAGCUAUGACUUUGUAGUCACCACCUACUCUACCAUCGAGGCGGACUACCGGAAGCACAUCAUGCCACCUAAGAUCCGGUGCCAGUACUGCGAUAAAUUGUUUUACCCCAGCAAGCUGAAGGUGCACUUGAAGUAUUUCUGUGGACCUGAUGCAGUGCGCACGGAGAAGCAGGCAAAGCAGCAGAGCAAGAAGUGGGGCAGCAGCAAGGGGAAGGGAAAGAGAAGGGGUCAAAAGAAGGACGGUGAUGAGGAGAAUGAGGAUUUUGAUGAAUUGGCUGAUGAACCUGUCAGCCAGUCAAGGGGUCAGUCACCUCUGCACUCCGUGCGGUGGGAGCGGAUUAUCUUGGAUGAGGCUCACUUCAUAAAAGAUAGACGGUGCAAUACUGCAAGGGCUAUUUUUGCGUUAGAGUCAGAAUACAAGUGGGCUCUGAGUGGGACACCUUUGCAGAACCGUGUUGGAGAACUUUACUCGCUUAUUCGCUUCUUGCAAAUCUUUCCCUAUUCAAACUAUUUCUGCAAGGACUGUAACUGUGAGAUACUAGAUACCAGCAUGAAGAAACUGUGCGACUGUGGUCACUCAUCUGUUAGGCACUUUUGCUGGUGGAAUAAGUACAUAGCGAGGCCAAUACAGUUUGGUUCAGUAAGUGAUGAAGGCAAAAGAGCAAUGAUUCUUCUGAAGGAGAAAGUUCUGAAAGGCAUAGUGUUAAGGCGCACCAAAAAAGGCCGAGCUGCAGAUCUUGCUCUCCCGCCAAAAAUUGUGACAUUGAGGAGGGACUCUUUUGAUAAAAACGAAAUGGAAUUCUAUGAAGCUUUGUAUACUCAAAGUGUCACACAGUUUGAUUCAUAUGUAGCUGCUGGAACACUGAUGAACAACUAUGCUCAUAUCUUUGAUCUUCUCACAAGGUUGAGACAGGCUGUUGAUCAUCCCUACCUUGUAGCAUAUUCCAAGACAGCAGAGCCUCGUGAAGGAUUGAAAAACGAAGGAAAUGAAUCCAUGGAAAGCCAAUGUGGUAUAUGUCAUAAUAUGGCUGAAGAUGUUGUGGUUACCUCUUGUGAUCAUGCAUUCUGCAAGACUUGUUUGAUAGACUACUCUGCAACUUUGGGGAAUGUUUCAUGUCCAUCCUGUUCAGUACCUCUUACUGUUGACUUAACAACAAAAAGUUCAGUUGAAAAAGUAACUCCCAGGGUCAAGGGCCGCAAACGCUCAGGAAUACUGAGCAGACUAGCAAGCCUUGCGGAUUUUAAGACUAGUACAAAAAUUGAUGCAUUGAGAGAGGAGGUACGAAACAUGAUUGAGCAUGACGGCUCUGCCAAAGGGAUUGUAUUCAGCCAGUUCACAUCAUUCUUGGAUCUGAUUCAAUUCUCCUUGGAGAAGUCCGGCAUCAAGUGUGUCCAGCUGAAUGGGGCCAUGAACAUUACUGAGAAGGGAAGAGCCAUAGACACCUUCACCAAUGACCCAGACUGCAGGAUCUUCCUGAUGAGCCUGAAAGCUGGAGGAGUUGCUCUGAAUCUCACUGUUGCAUCUCAUGUUUUCCUGAUGGACCCUUGGUGGAAUCCAGCGGUCGAGAGCCAAGCCCAGGAUCGCAUCCACCGAAUCGGACAGUUCAAGCCAAUCAAGAGCACGAGGUUCGUGAUCAAGGACACGGUCGAAGAGCGCAUACUGCAGCUGCAAGAGAAGAAGCAGCUAGUGUUUGAAGGCACCGUGGGCGACUCGCCGGAUGCCAUGUCGAAGCUGACGGAGGCCGAUCUCAAGUUUUUGUUCCAGAUCUAACUGCUGCCGGGCAUGCAUGAGUAGCGUAGCGUGUCCUAGGAGCGCCGGCAUGUCGGAACCCUGACCUCACACCAUCAAACGGCAGGGCGGCGUCGGGCGUAGAUCGACUGGUAGCGUAGCUUUUGGAUCGCAAACUGCAGUGUAACGAUGGUAGCGAGCCUUCACCAUGACAGAGUACCCUGGACCGUAGGCGGUGGUAGUAGUAGUAUCCCUGAUCAUUGCGCGUACAAGUGGAACGCCUGGAGGGUAGCCCCUUUUACCAUUCUGGGGAAGAAGACUAGAAGAUGGCGUUAUUGGCC